UAUCCCCUUAUGUUUGGACUGAUCCUUGCAUUCUGCUGGUGUUCUUUGGUUUGCUGUAGCCGAAUUUAUAUGGGAAUGCAUUCAAUUUUGGAUGUUAUUGCUGGAUUUUUCUAUGCUAUUCUCAUCUUGGUUGUCUUCCAUCCAGUUGUGGACCUGAUUGAUAACUUCAACUUAACUUACAAAUAUGCGCCCUUAAUUAUCAUCAGUCUCCAUUUAGCCCUGGGCAUCUUUUCUUUUACUCUAGACACCUGGAGCACAUCGCGAGGGGACACAGCUCAGAUACUGGGCUGUGGUGCUGGAGUAGCCUGCGGCUCUCACGUUAACUACAUAAUGGGUCUCAAGCUAGAUCCUCCUCCCGACACGUUACCUUUAUCUCUUUCCUCUCUCACUGUGACUGUGUUUGGAAAAGCCAUAUUGCGGUUGUUGAUUGGAGUAAUAGUUCUGUUGCUAACAAAAGUAGCAAUGAAAAAAGCCACUAUUCCACUGGCAUGUAAAAUAUUUCGCAUACCACAUGACGAUGUACGGAAAGCAAGACAACGCAUGGAAGUUGAGCUUCCCUAUCGCUAUAUUACGUACGGAAUGGUUGGGUUCUCCCUCAUGUUUAUUGUUCCUUGCCUCUUCCAUUUUAUUGGUCUUUCUUGA